GUGUUGUACGUCGUUGAAAUCACUUGAUUCACUUAUUAAUAUUUUUAUUAAAUUAAUAUUUAUAGUUUUUUAAAAUAAUUUUUACCAUGACUCGAUACUUUAACACUUUAUUGACAACAGUAAUUAUUAAUUUAUUGUUUUUAAAAAAUAUAAGUAACACAAUUAUAAUAAAUAAGUCACAUGAUGAAUGGAAAAAUGUAACAGACACUUAUUUAAGACAAUCAAGUACGAAUAAUUUAAAUAGUACGGCAAUAGUGUCAACGACUAUUGCUACGACGACAGAAAAUAAUGAAAGAGCAUGUAAAUGUGGCGGCGGUUUAUGUUCUUGUUGCUCAAAAUUAUUGUACGACAGAUGGAAACAAAAAGCGUGUGUUGAAGUAACUUAUGAUCCAGACGAGUUCAGUUUUACGGCUAAAAUAAUGUUUAACGACCGCGUAUUGUAUACAAGAAGCGUAUCCGGUAAAAAUCCGCGGCCUAUUUGUGUUCCUUUUCCUCGUAUUCCGCUGGUGAGGGCUUGCGUUAGAUUUUACAAUAUUUAUUUUCAAGGACGUAAUGUACAUAUGUGCGUUAGUAUGGAGGGAAAGUUCGAUGACACGACUCUGGUUAAGGCUGGAUUAGAUUGUAUAAGACUUGGAGCUAAUGGUGUAGCUAUUGUCCGACCAGAAGAUGGUACAGGAUUAGGACAAUUAGAAUUUUUACCUGAUUCACCAGAAGAUAAUGCGCAAGAUUAUAAUAACGACAAUGAAAGUGAUGAAGAUGAUGACGAUGAUGACGACAGCGAUGAAUAUUAUUAAUUAACAAUUAUUUAUUUCAAUUGUACUAGUUAUUGUUAACUUUAAAUAAAAUCCUAUGCCUCUUA